CAGAGUGCAGCGAUGGCAUGCUGAAGAGCCUCACGCUGCUGGUGUGCGCGUCCAACUACCUCCACCGGAGAUCUCCCACGCAGCUGCUCACAUCGCUGUCAUCGCGUCACCGCCCCUCCCUCACCCUCGCCCUCACCAAGACCACCAACACGUGGCUCACAUCCCCCUGUUGGUGGUGCUGCUUCAGUCGACAGAAGAUGUCAUCCUCUGCCAGCGCAUCCAACGGCGCAGCCGGCGGCGAUCAGCAGGGCGACCCUCCUCCUCCCCAGGAGCACACAGAGGAGGAGGGCGGUGCUGGGUCCAAGAAGGGUGCCAAGAAGGCCGAUAAGAAGGCCGCCAAGGAGGCCAGGAAGGCCGAGCGUGAGCAGCAGCAGGCGGCCGCUCAUGCGGCCAGCAGCGUGCCGGACGACAUCUUCGUGGAGGGCAAGUUUGGCCUGCUGCCGGUCAUCAGGAGCACCGUCCUGGACAAGCGUCUGUGGAGUGCCGUCAAGGAUAUCGACAAGCCCAACGAGGGGCAGUGUGUGUGGAUCAGGGCCAGGCUGCAGACCAUCAGAAAAAAGAGCAGUGAGUUAGUUGGUUGGACACACAAAUCGCCCAUGCAUAUGCUGGCAGAUCUGUCGUGUGGUGUGUAUGUGGUGUGCUUAUUUGUGCAGACAAGAUGGCGUUCAUGGUGUUUCGGCAGCAGCUGUGGACCAUCCAGGGUGUCCUGUGUGAAAGCGACGAGGCCCCUGAGAUUCCAAAGGACAUGAUCAAAUGGGCUGGCAGGUACGCAGGCAACCUAUCGACCUACAACACACAACACACGGGGUGCCAAUCCCAUCUGUCUGGCUGUCUGUCGUGUGUGUCUGUGUGUGUGUGACACCACCCGCACCGAUCAGCCUGACCCCUGAGUCUGUUGUGGAUGUGUAUGGUGCGGUGACGGUUCCGCAGGAGCCUGUCAAGUCCACCACACAGCAUUCGGUUGAGCUCAAGGUGCUGCAGCUGUUUUGUGUGAGCAAGGCGGCUCCCAUACUGCCCUUCCAGCUCGAGGACGCCAGCAGAUCGGAAAUCGAAUUCGAAAAGGUGAGGGCGGCAGAGCGGUUUGUAUGAGCCGAUGUGUGCCCACGACUCACUCACUCUCUGUGUGUGUGUGUGUGUGUGUGAGGAUCCUGAGUUGGUGCAUGUCAACCAGGAUGUCCGAUUGGAUAACCGCAUACUCGACCUCAGGGUAUGUGUGCACGAAAUCGAAAGGAAGACGCCCACACACUAUGCGGUUCAUUUCUCUGUCCGUUCACUCGUGUGUGUGUGUGUCUGUUCGCUGCAGACGCGGGCCAACCAGGCGAUAUUCCGUAUUGAGUCUAUGGUUUGCCAGCUAUUCCGCGAGUACCUAUACAAGGAGGACUUUGUCGAGAUACACACACCCAAAAUGCUCGGCGGCGCCUCCGAGGGCGGCGCUCAGUGCUUCAGGUUCCAGUACUUCAACCGUAAGUAGCCCACACACAGACACACGUGUGCGCGUGUGCAGCAUACAAAGAGGUGUAUGUGUGUGUGUGUGUGUGUGUCAGAGCCCGCGUGUUUGGCACAGUCCCCCCAGCUGUUUAAGCAGAUGGUGCUCUCGGGCGACAUGAACAGGGUCUUCGAAAUCGGUGGGUACCUUUUGCACACCCACCCACACACACCCACACAUGCAUGCACCUGUGUGUGUGUGUGUGUGUGUGCGUGGUGUUGCUCUAUGGGCCGCAGGUCCCGUGUUCCGCGCCGAGAACUCCUUCACGUAUCGUCACUUGUGUGAGUUCACGGGGCUCGACAUGGAAAUGACCUUCAACUUCCACUACUACGAGGUCACCCACUCACACAGACAGACAGACACCGGCCCCUCUCAUGUGAUGUGAUGUGAUGUGUGUGGUGUCAUGGAUGGCUGCAGGUGUUGGAUGUGCUGGAGAAGAUGUUCCUCUACAUCUUCAAGGGGCUCAACGAACGAUGCGCCAACGUACGUGUGGCCCGCCCUCUCUCCGUGUCUUUGUUGGUGUACACACACGUGUUGUGUGUGUGCAGGAGAUAGCUGUGGUGCACGAGCAGUUCCCCGCCGCGCCAUUCCAGAUCCCCCAGCCACAGGAGGGCGACGAGGGCGUCCCCAAGGUCCCAAGAAUUGAAUUCCAGGAGGUCAGUGGGCGGACAGAGGCAGGCGGAGGGGGGGGAGGGAUGACCGACAGACACGUGUGGACGUGGCUGUUCGUGUGGGUGUGAUGGAUCAGGGUGUGAGGAUGUUGCGUGAGGCUGGUACCGAGGGGGUCCCUGACGACAUAUCGGAAUUCGACCUCAGGUACCACAGACAGACAGACAGACAACACGGCUCACUAUGUCCAUCCAUCCAUCCAUCCAUCAGCACGACUCAGGAGAAGGCUCUGGGCAAGCUGGUCAAGGACAAGUACAACACCGACUUCUACAUGCUCGUCAGGUCAGCUCACACACACAUUUCACGCAUCUGACCGGCUGGUGGGUGCAUCUGUUCUGUGCAUCCCUCUCUCUGUGCGUGUAUACUGCGUGUAGGUAUCCGCUGAAGGUGCGGCCCUUCUACUCGAUGCCAGACCCAAAUGACGAGGUAGGCCGGCCAUGCACACCGCACACGAACCUUGGUAGCUAGGCCUUCUUCUGAUCUGAUGCACACAGAAUUAAUGCCGUGCUGUUAUCCUGUGUGUGUGUAGACCUUUUCCAAUUCGUACGACUUCUUCAUGCGCGGAGAGGAGAUCGUCAGCGGCGCACAGCGGAUACACUGCCCUGGUCAGUGAGACAGACAGCACGCCCACCGGCCCAGCCCCUCCACACACGCGCUUGGACAUACACCUAUGUGUGUGUGUGGUGACUGCAGAUCUGCUGGUUGAGCGUGCCCGUGCGUGGGGCAUGGAAGUGGACACCAUCAAGUCCUACAUCGACUCGUUCAAGCUGGGGGCAUACCCACACGCAGGCUGCGGGGUCGGCCUGGAGAGAGUUGUCAUGCUCUUCCUCGGUCGGAAAACACACACACACACACACAUACACACACACAGCCAUCCUGCCAUUCGAACAACCAGCCCGGCUGAUCGACACGCACGUGUGACGGUUGUUGUCAUGUUGUGUGUGUGUAAUGUGUGCAGGUUUGAACAACGUCCGCAAGACGUCGCUCUUCCCCCGCGACCCCAAGAGGCUCGCACCAUGACUCAUCCACACCAACGAGUGGAUGGAUGGAUGGAU